ACUAUCGUUUAAAUAAACCUCGUUUGGCCAUCGAGUACACAGUCAAGGGGUCACCAUUCAGAACGCUCACACCAGCGGCGCCACAUAGAUAGGAAGACUUCAACGAGAUUUUCUCCUGCACAAAGUCACCGAGACGCCGGUUACAAAAGACAGAGAAUGUCUUCCAAGAAUACGCCGAAGAGCUGGUCUGACAAGCGGACGUCUGACUUUAACUUCCGGUUUAGAAUUACCAUUGCGGCAACUUUAGCAUAUGUCGUGGCUGGAUAUCAUUUCUUUCCCUUUCAACUUCCGGUAAUGAAUUCAGUUGUAGAGAGGGUCAUAUUUACGUUGCGAUGGCAACUGUUUGGAGGGUUGACCUUGCUUAUGGGGAUGAUGGGAGUCAUGGCUGUUCGGGGUCAAAGUGAUGCAGCGGCUGACCCUGUGAAAGGAAACGCGGAACAUCUGACAAAACUUCCACAGAAUAUUCUACAAAAUACAUUAGAGCAGUUCAUCUUCCAUUUCGUCGGACAAAUCGUGCUGUGUACCUUUCUCUCUUCAGAAUCGAUGAAAGCCAUUCCUUUGCUCGUCGUCCUUUUCGUUGUUGGAAGAAUCGUUUACAAAAUUGGCUACCAAAUGGAGGCGAUGAAAAGGUCCUAUGGUUUUGGCGCUACGUUUUUACCGACCAUGGCCACAUAUGCUUACUGCAUGUACUGCAUGGCGGUAUAUGGACCCGGAUAUGACCUUGGAAAGUGAUUUGAUGCUGAAACCUUAUCAUAACAUUUACUGGUGUGAGAUCAACAAUUUCUAAUUGAAUACAGGUCGUCUAAACCUGAAUGUUGGUUGUCUCACAUUAUUUUUGCCAAAGCAAAUUUUUGGCUUUAUUUCAUGAUGUAAUUUUCAGUUUCAAUAAAAUUGAAAUCAAAAACAAACUAAA